CUUGGCCAGCCCGGGCCGCACGUAGAACCGCAUCGGGCUCCCGUCGUCCCACAGGAACAGCGACCGCGACCGCGCCAUCGCCGCGUCCCCCUGUCCCGCCAUCGCCGCGCCGGGCGCGCAGGCGCGGACGCGCCGGAAGGGCGGCUGGACCUGGAGCCGAGAAGAUGGAGGCCGCGGCAGAGCGUGCCGGCGAGGCGGCGGAGACCGAGUCGCGCCUCAGCAAAAAUGAGCUGAAGAGGCGCUUAAAAGCUGAGAGAAAAACAGCUGAAAAAGAGGCAAAGCAGAAAGAGCAAAGUGAAAAACAUUCAAACAAGCCUGCCUUGACUUCUGACUCUGAGAAUAACAUUGGUGCUGAUGAGGAAAGCUUGGAUCCAAAUCAAUACUUCAAGAUCCGCAGCAAUGCAAUCCAGCAGCUGAAGAGCACCAGUGAACACCCCUAUCCCCACAAGUUCCAUGUCGACUUGUCUCUCUCAGAUUUUAUAGAGAACUAUAGUCACCUGCAGCCAGGAGAUCACCUGACAGAUGUUACAGUGAGAGUAGCAGGUCGAAUCCACGCAAAGCGUGCCUCUGGAGGGAAGCUGAUUUUCUAUGAUCUUCGCGGUGAAGGAGUUAAAUUGCAGGUCAUGGCAAAUUCCAGGCUCUACAAAUCUGAAGAAGAAUAUUUCCGAAUUAACAACAAGCUGCGUCGUGGGGACAUUAUUGGUGUAGAGGGGAACCCUGGAAAAACAAAGAAAGGGGAACUGAGUAUUAUUCCUUAUGAAAUAACUCUGUUGUCUCCAUGCCUGCACAUGUUGCCUCAUCUUCAUUUUGGCCUCAAAGAUAAGGAAACUAGGUAUCGUCAGAGAUACUUGGAUUUAAUUCUUAAUGAUUAUGUGAGGCAGAAAUUUAUAACCCGUGCAAAGAUCAUUACCUAUAUUCGGAGCUUUCUGGAUGAGUUGGGCUUCCUUGAGGUUGAAACUCCUAUGAUGAAUGUAAUUCCGGGUGGAGCUGUGGCAAAACCUUUUAUCACAUACCACAAUGAACUGGAUAUGAAUUUAUAUAUGAGAAUUGCUCCAGAGCUCUACCAUAAGAUGUUGGUGGUUGGAGGCUUGGACAGAGUAUAUGAAAUUGGGCGUCAGUUCCGGAAUGAAGGAAUUGAUUUGACUCACAACCCUGAGUUCACAACUUGCGAAUUCUAUAUGGCUUAUGCAGACUACCACGACUUGAUGGAAAUUACAGAGAAGUUGCUUUCAGGGAUGGUGAAACAUAUUACCGGAGGUUACAAGAUCACUUAUCAUCCAGAUGGUCAAGACGGACAGGCCUACGAGAUAGAUUUUACCCCUCCCUUCCGGCGAAUUAGCAUGGUGUAUGAUCUGGAAAAGGUCCUGGGAGUGAAAUUUCCACCAGCUGAGUACUUUGAUACUGAAGAGACUCGCAGAUUCUUUGAUGACCUUUGUACAGAGAAAAAUGUUGAGUGUCCACCUCCCAGGACAACAGCCAGGCUUCUUGACAGAUUAGUUGGUGAAUUCCUGGAAGUCACUUGCAUCAACCCUGCGUUCAUCUGCGAUCACCCACAGGUCAUGAGUCCUCUAGCUAAAUGGCAUCGCUCUCAUCAGGGACUAACGGAACGCUUUGAACUCUUUGUAAUGAGGAAAGAAGUGUGCAAUGCAUACACGGAACUUAAUGAUCCUUUCCUGCAGCGGCAGCUUUUUGAGGAUCAGGCCAAGGCAAAAGCGGCAGGUGAUGAUGAAGCCAUGUUUAUUGAUGAAAAUUUCUGUACCGCGCUGGAGCAUGGCCUUCCUCCUACAGCCGGCUGGGGCAUGGGGAUCGAUCGCUUUGCCAUGUUCCUGACGGAUUCCAGUAACAUCAAGGAGGUGCUCCUGUUCCCCGCCAUGAAGCCGGAGGACAACAAGAAGGAGGCGCAGCCCGGCGCUCCGCCCGAAGGCACCUCGGUCUGACCGCGCCAUGCAAUAAACACUCUGACCGGC